UUCAUAUCAUCUUGGUAAUUUGGUUCCCAAAGUUCCUCAGGAAGGAAUUGUAAUACUGCUAUGCCCUCUGGGUAUUGUAGUUUGUUCCCUGCAGUCUCCUAGUGGCUGGGCUGACAGGCUGCCAAGUCAUAUAAGAACCCUGGCUUUCCUGGCUGCUAGAAAUGAUGCCUGUGUCAGUGUUAUUAAUUGGAAUAUGCCGCGCAGAGGAAGAAAAGAGCGAGACCCGGAAGACAGCGAGCCCAAAUUAGCCAAGCGAGAUGAGGCCGACCCUAAAUCCCCUCUGGAUUUCUCUACCCCAGAAAAAUUAUUUGAAAGUCUCAUCUCCCCGGUAACAAGUGACACCUUUUUCCGUGACUAUUGGGAAACCAAACCCCUGCUUCUCCAGGGAAGGGACCCCGCAUUUGCUGCUUACUACCAGACUCUCUUCCGACUGUUGGACCUUAAGCACAUCGCCGGGGGCAGCAUAUACUACGAAAGGGACGUCAAUGUAUUCAAAUGCAAAGACGGCAAGAAAAUAUCGUUGCCACGACAUGGGAAAGCCACUUACCUGCAUCUCCUCAAAGACUUUGGCAGCGGGAAGGCCACCAUUCAGUUCCAUCAGCCCCAGAGGUUUAACGAUGCCCUGUGGCACAUCAUCGAAAAGCUGGAGUGUUUCUUCGGUGCCUUGGUUGGAAGUAACAUCUACAUCACUCCCCAGGACUCCCAGGGCCUGCCUGCUCACUAUGAUGAUGUUGAGGUUUUCAUUCUGCAGCUUGAAGGGGAGAAACGUUGGCGCCUGUAUAGUCCUGUGGUCCCCUUGGCACGAGAUUACAGUGUUGUUCCAGAGGAUCAGAUUGGAUCUCCAACACACGACUUUGUACUGAAGCCAGGUGAUUUGUUAUAUUUUCCCAGAGGAGUCAUUCAUCAGGCUCAGGCCCUUCCCGGUUCCUCCCACUCCACCCAUGUGACCAUCAGCACCUACCAGAACAACUCCUGGAGUGAUUACUUACAGGACCUUCUCCCUGGCAUUCUGUUUGAUGCUGCAAAAGAAAAUAUAGACUUGCGAAGAGGUAUCCCACGGCAACAAAUGCUGAGCAUGGACACACCUGGUGUUGCACAACAACUCAGUUCUCUCCUAACCACAGUGGUUAAAGGGCUGGAGAGCCACCGGCACAUUCGCUCCUUUGAAAUGCUCAGAGAUUUCAUGGGAAGUCGAUUGCCCCCCUUCUUGGACAACAAGGAACCUGGACAAACAACAGGCAUGCCGCCCAAGCUCCAUUCUGCCGCCCAACUUCUAUACCGGGAUUAUGCCUUUUUUACAGUAGACCACAUUGCAGAGGAAUCUAAUGCAGCAGCUGAACUAGUGGUUUACGUGUAUCACUCGCUGAAAAAUAGCCGGGAAACCCACAUGAUGGGGAUGCAGGAUGAAGAGCGGCCUGUGACUGGCUUGCGCUUCCCUCUGCCUUAUGUGAGUGCCUUAAAGCAAAUCUGGGAGUCGGAGUCUGUGUGCAUUGGGAAGCUGCCUCUGGAACGGGACGAGGACAAAGAAAACUUGGCAUUGUCACUAUGGACUGAAGGUUUGCUGGCCGUCGUGUAGUGACUUUCAGGAAUACAAUGUGCCCACUGAUCACCCUCACCAACAGCCUUAAACCUGUCAAAGAUGGAACAGACUAUUGUAAUGUAUCUGGCACAACUCGAUGCAACUGGCACACACUUACAUCAUCAGGAAAUACUCUGUAAUGCCAGAUGCUUUGCUGAAGUCUGUGCCAUCCAAGUUUCUGCAGAAAACCAAACCAUAUGAUGCACUAUGUUUCUUUUCAAGUGAAUUGUUUUUUGAGAAUUAAAGGUGCAAUAUGCCUUAUUUUACCAGAA